GGCGAUGUACCGAGGCCUAACCUGAGCCAUGUGGAUAUUGCCAAGAGUUUGGCAAUGACUGAUUUUCAAACCCAGGAGAGUCCUGCUGGUGAAUGCAGCUCAUCUGAGCAGGUAAUUAACCUGUUCUCAGGUCUGCAGGAAUUGUUUGAUAGAGAGCAAGUCAGGAAAGAGAAAAUCCGGACCGUGGUAAAUGAGAUAGAGCAGUCUACCCGAAACAUCCACACGGCAAUACAAGCUGCUCAUCAGUGUACUCUCAAAGACGUUCCUGCUCUGUGCUUGAAGAUAAGACCAAUGUUUGCCGACCCUAAGAGACAGAUUCAAACUCUUAAGGAGCUAAUACCAAAAGAUUCUUACUACAGAUCUGCCUGCCCCAGAUUCAAUGACCAAUGGAAACACUCAUUUCAGCGUCUGUGUUUCCUGUCCUCUUUCCUCGUUUACCUGGAGACUGAGAAGCUGGCCACUAAACUAGAAGUGGCCACCAUGCUAGGAGUUGAGGCCAAGGAAGAUGAUGGAUUCCAUCUUGAUUUGGAUGACUUUCUCAUUGGAUUACUCUUCAUGACCAAUGAACUGCCUCGUCUUGCUGUGAACAGUGUCAUUCUAGAAGACUACCAACGCCCACUCGCCAUCUCAACCUUCCUCUCUGAUGUCACAGCUGGCUUCAGACUACUCAAUCUCAAGAACGAUUUCCUGCGGAAGAAAUUUGACUCUUUAAAGUACGAUGUAAAAAAAGUAGAAGAAGUCGUUUAUGACGUUUCUAUCAGAAAGUUUAAGUGAUUAAAACAAUUUUAAUGUUGUUUGUGUGGGAAAUUACACUUUAUGAAUUCACUUCCUGUUCA